UCGUUCAGGGAAUUGUGCCGUACCUGGGAACUUUCUUCACAGAAUUUUCAGCGCUGGAUUCGGCUUUCCCGAAUUACCAUUCAAAUGGCUUGAUCAACUUUGACAAGAGACAAAAAGAAUAUGAAAUAAUUUUGGGUAUCAAAUCCCUGCAGUUUGCUUGCUCAUCUUACACCCUUCGUCCAAACGAGAAUUUUCUAGACUUGUUCUUUAUGCAACAAUACUUAAGUGAGGAUAGCGAGUACGUAACUGGUAUUGUAGGAGUGUGCAGCUCCUCUGAACUCGAGAAACCGCCAAAGCCCAAAAAGAGUGUGUUUAAACGCCUCAGCUGCCUGUUUUCAAAGAGAGGUGUUAAAAUACACAACACUCAAACUAAAAGCUCUGAGCAGCGAGCAUCCCUUCAGAAUGAGGAUUCAGACGACAGCAUUACCGCAGCCAGCAUUUUAUCAGAUUCCAGCCACUUGGAAAUGGAAGAGCCGAGCACUUCGCAAAAAGCGCCGGAAAAGCCAUUAAGAUCCGUGGAUACUGCCUCCUCUGGAGGUUUAUCCAACAGUGGUGCAUCAGCAAAAUCAAAUUAUGACAAAGCCAAGUCUCGUAGGCGUGCAGGUUUGGGCAGCUGCUGGUGUGCAACACGUCGGAGGGACAACCGCCAGAAUGAGAAAAGCUGCCUCAUCCGAGUCAGAUUAGAGGAGGACAGAGCACAAGAAUUCAAAACUAUUUUGGUGACUAAUCAAGAUCGUGUAUCUGAAGUUGUCAACAAAGCCAUGACCGCGCUCAAAUUUGAACCCGAGCGUCCUCAGGAAUUUGAUCUAGCACAGAUCAUUGAAUCAAAUAAAGUGCUCAUACUUCCGGCCGAUGCCAUCCUGUAUUAUGCAAUGAACAAGAAAGUGAAUCAUGACUUCAUCCUGAGAUUCACUGAAAGAAGAUCUUCAUGUCUAUGCAAGUUUUAGCUGUCAGGAACAUAAUGUUUCAUGGGACUCUGUUGGAUCUAAAAUCUCUGCUCAGUACCAAAAACCCUGCAAUAUAUGAAUAAAUUACUUUGGCAGUGUUCUACUUUAAAUUAUUGGACAAUUUGGAGAGAGUGACUUGACUUCAGACAAUUGCUUAACAUUAACUUUUGAGUCCAGUGCUUGUUUGUCCUUUUCAAACAUCUUGCACAUCAGCUAUUUUUUCUGGAAUGCUGGAGAAUUGAACCCUGCCACCGGUCUUCUAUGAACAUCACAGUCAUGUAUCAAUUGGUUGGAUGAGAAAAAGAAUCGUUUACGUAUCAAUCUUGUUGACCAAUUGUGAUUGAAUUUGCUUGGGUUCCUCAAUGGUUGUUUGGUUAAAAAGCAAACCAGCCAUUUGUUCAGCCAAUGGCAGGAUGAUGAAUACUUCAACUGAAGUGUUUGGUUUGGCCUUUAAACUCUUCAGCACUCCAUUCCUGCCUUCAAUAUUUUUAUUUCUCCAGUGGUUUAAACUAAUUUGGACAGAAUGCCAUUGACAUGCCUUCAACAAAGGGUAACUACCAGAAAUAAUAGAGUUGUUUAUUACUGCCAGUCAUAUUGCACUUGUUUGAGACCUUAACUGUUUUUACUUAAUGUUCAAUUUUACAACAAUUUAACAUAAAAUUAUUGUGCCAUAGUGGGACAUAUGAGUGAGACUGUGUGAGUGAGAGUCAGAGUAAGCGAUGUGUGAGUGAGACUGAGAGUGUGUGUAAGAGUGAGACUGUGAAGUUAGAGUAAGACUGUACGUGUGAGUGAGACUGAAUGACAGUCAGUGUGAGACUGUGUGAGUGAUACUGAGAGUUUCUGUGUGAGUGGGUGUGAGAGAGUGGGACUGUAUGAAGUCAGAGUGAGACUGUGAGUGAGAGCAUGUGUGCGAGUGAGACUGUGAGAGAGAGAGUCAGAGUUAGAUUGAGAGAGAGAGAGAGAGACUAGGGAUUUGUAUGUGAAUGAAACCGUGCAUUUGUGAGAGUGAGACCAUAUGUGUGACUAAGAACAUGUGUGAGUGAGAGAGUCUGAGUGGGACUGUGUGUGAGUGGGUCUGUGGGUGAGUGAGUGAGUCUGUGUGUCAGUGAGUCAGAGUGAGACUGAGAGAGAGAGAGUAGGAAUUUGUAUGUGAAUGAGACCAUGCAUUUGUGAGAGUGAAAACAUGUGUGUGACUAAGAACAUGUGUGUGAGUGAAAGAGUCUGAGUGGGCCCGUGUGUGAGUGGGCCCGUGUGUGAGUGGGCCCGUGUGUGAGUGGGUCAGAGUGAGACUGAGAGAGAAAGAGUAGGAAUUUGUAUGUGAAUGAGACCGUGCAUUUGUGAGAGUGAGGCCAUGUGUGUGAAUAAGAAUGUGUGUGUGAGAGAGUCUGAGAGAGACUGUGUGUGAGUGAGACUGUGUUAGUGAGACUGCGAGUGAUCCGAUGUGAGUGUGACUGUGAGUGAGAGUUUGAGUGACACAGUGAGAUUAAUUGAGAAUGUAUGAUUGAGUGUGAGACUGAAUAUUAGUCAGACUGAAUAAGAUUGUGUGAGAAUGUAUGAGUGAGAGAGCAUGUGUAAUUGAGUGAGUUUGAACAAGACCAUGUGUGAUUGAGACUGUGAACUCAGAGUGAGAUUGUGUAUGAGUGAGACUGUGUGAGUGUGAGAGGCAAGGUGUGUGAGAGUGAAAUCGUGGGAAGUCAGAGUGAUACUGUGUGUUUGAACCUCCAAGUAAGACCGUGUGAGGGUGAGACUGUGUGCGAGUGAGUCUAUGUACGGGUGAGACUGCAUGCGAGUGAGACAGCGUUAUGAGUGAGACUGUGUGUGUGAGAUAUGUACGGGUGAGACUGCGUGCGAGUGAGACUGUGCGCAGGUGAGACUCUGUGUGAGUGAGUCUCUGUGUGGGUGAGACUGUGCACUCAAAUGAGACUGGCUAAGAGUGUCAGAGACAGCCUGUGUGAGUGAGACUGAGUUGGUGCGUGAGAGUCAAAAUUGGGCAUGUGUGUUAUUGAGCCUGAGUUUGUGCAUGUGACACAAUGUGAGUGUCUGUGUGGGAGGGAGUCAAAUUACAUGUGUGAGACUGUGUGAAGUGAGAAUGAGACUGUAUGUGUGAGACUGAGACCAUGUGUGUGAGUGAAAAAGUCAGAGUGAGACUGUGUAUGCGUGUGACUGAAGCUGCAAAGUCAGCGUGAUACUGUAUGAGUGAGAGCGUGUGAGAUUAGAUUGGAUUCCCUACAGUGUGGAAACAGGACCUUUGACCCCACAAGUCCACACUGCCCCUUGAAGCAUCCCACCCAGACCCAUCCCCCUACAACCCACACACUCCCAAACACUACGGGCAAUUUAGCGUGGCCGAUCCACCUCACCUGCACAUCUUUGGACUGUGGGAGGAAACCGGAGCACCCAGAGGAAACCCACGCAGACACGGGAAGAAUGUACAAACUCCACACAGACACUCACCGGAGGCUGGAAUCGAACCCGGGUCCCUGGCGCUGUGAGGCUGCAGUGCUAAACACUGAGACACCAUGCCACCCUUGAGAUUGUGCUUGUGAUACUGUGUGAGACUGAGUGUGAAUGAGACUGUUUGAGAGUGUGAGGGAAGGGAGUCAGUCCAUGUGUGUGAAUGAGUCCAUACUUGUGAGUGAAACUGAGUGUGAGUGAGGCUGCGUGAAGUGUGAGUCAGACUGACUGAGUGUGUGUGUGAGCGACUAUAACAGGCUGAGUGAGAAAUUGUGUGUGUAAGUGUGAGACUGCGAAUGAAACUGUCAGAGUGUAAGAGUGAGGGAGUGUGUGUAUGAGAGGAUAUAUGAGAGUAAAGUGCAAGCCAUCUCAGGGGAAAAAAAAACUAACAAACUAACCAUUUAUCCAGACCAUUAGGUGGGAUGAUGAGUACUUCAGCUGGUUUGUUUGGCUCGGCCUUUAAAGUCUCCAGCCAACCUUUUGUUUCCAGAGGCUUUAACUAAUUCUGCAUUAAAAACCCAUUGAUGUUUUUUAACUCACUGCAACUGCAAGAAAUAACAGCACUGUUUAUUAUUGCCAGUGGUAUUGCACUUGUUUGAGACUUUAAUUAAUGCUCAGCUUUAUAAUGAAUUUAUUUUGAAUGGUUAUAUUGUGAGAUGUGCGUGCGUGUGUAAGAGAAUAUAUAUUUGUAAAGUGCAAACCAUUUUGGGGAUAAAAGGUAUUUAAAAGAUGUACAGGGGACCAGAUCACCUCAGACAUGAAUACUGUAAGACACUUGUUGUUCCUAGUUUAUCUGCUCAUGUUCCAUUACUCAGACCUGUCAUUGUUUCAAGUGGGUCUCAUUGGUUAACAGCCAAUUUGAAACUCAUUCAUUGACCUUUUCAUCUUCAUGCAAUCACAUCUCACGUGCAGGACAGCGUUGGUUAUGUAUAUUCACUUUUCAAAUGGAUCCAAAACAAAAAUCCAUUCAAAGUAGCAAAAUAUCAGGAAUUUUUAACAGUAUUUGAGUCUCUGUCAAAUUCACAUUUGCACGAUGUAUAAAUUAACACCAGGAACAACAAGCACUUUAACAUUUCUGGCAUUCCUUUCUUCCACAGGCAAUGUUCGAGCCUCCUUCCCAAUGUGAAUCAAUGAGCUCUGGUGAGGAAGGGCUUUAGAGAGCUCACCGCCCUGAUUUUUGAGAGGUCAUAUGUAUUUUAUUUCCUUCUCCUCCUGUAAAUCGCUUGGUGCUCGACAUAGGAUUCACUAAUUAGACAUUUACACAUAACCACUUUAAAAUUAAAAUGGUUCACCAUCGAGGCUAUGCCAACAAUACCAGCCACAGGUAGAAGAGAAAAUCAUCUGAGUUCUUUGUCUAAGUUUGUUUCUAAAAAUAGUGUUCAGUAAAUGUUUUCAAUGUUCUUACAUUUGUUUUAAAUUAAAAAACUUAAAUUGCAA